AUGUGGUCAGCUGCAUUAUGCAUUGGAACUUUGGCUGUCAUAUGCAUUAUUAAUUGGGUGAACAGCUGGAGGAAUCCUAGAUGCAGUGGGAAGCUUCCUCCUGGCUCCAUGGGCUUGCCACUUCUUGGAGAGACCCUUCAGUUCUUCUCCCCCAACACUUCUUCUGAUGUCCCUCCCUUCAUCAGAGAUAGGAUGAAAAGAUAUGGUCCCGUGUUCCGAACCAGCUUGGUGGGCCGACCGGUCAUUGUAUCGACUGACCCAGAGAUUAAUAAUUUCGUCUUCCAACAAGAAGGCCGGUUGUUUCAGAGCUGGUACCCAGACACCUUUACGGAGAUCUUUGGCCGUCAGAAUGUGGGCUCAUUACAUGGGUUCAUGUACAAGUAUCUCAAGAGCAUGGUCCUGAAUCUCUUUGGUCCCGAAAGCCUGAAAGAAAAGCUACUUCCCCAAGUGGAACAAACAGCAAACAGGAAUCUACAUAUGUGGUCGCAGCAGCAGAGUGUAGAGUUCAAAGAGGCCACUGCAACUAUGAUAUUUGAUCUGACUGCUAAGAAGCUGAUCAGCUAUGAUCCAGCCACAUCCUCUGAGAAUCUGAGGGAGAAUUUUCUCGCUUUCAUACAGGGUCUGAUCUCCUUUCCCCUGAACAUUCCCGGUACCGCUUACCAUAAAUGUUUGCAGGGACGGAAGAAGGCAAUGAAAAUUCUGAAAGAUAUGCUGCAGGAGCGACGUGCUUCGCCUGAGAAGCGUCAUGGGGAUUUCUAUGACUAUGUGUUGGAAGAGCUGAAGAAAGAUAGAACGAUUCUGACAGAAGCAAUUGCUUUGGAUUUGAUGUUUGUGCUUCUCUUCGCGAGCUUUGAGACGACUUCCUUGGCUCUGACUUAUGCAAUCAAACUCCUUUCAGACAACCCAUCAGUGCUGGAGAAAUUAACGGAGGAGCAUGAAGCAAUUCUAAGAAGCAGAGAAAACCCCAAUUCCGGAAUCACAUGGAAGGAGUACAAAUCAAUGACUUUCACAUCUCAGGUUAUCAAUGAAACAGUUAGGCUGGCGAAUAUUGUUCCUGGGAUUUUCAGAAAAGCUCUGAAAAACGUUGAGAUAAAGGGAUAUACAAUUCCAGAAGGCUGGGCUGUUAUGGUCUGUCCUCCAGCUGUCCACUUAAAUCCUUCUGCAUAUGAAGAUCCACUCAGCUUCAACCCAUGGAGAUGGGAGGGCAUGGAAGGAAAUGGCGGGUCAAAGAAUUUCAUGGCGUUUGGUGGUGGCAUGAGAUUUUGUGUAGGAACAGAUUUCGCCAAGAUGCAGAUGGCUGUCUUCCUGCACUGCUUGGUCACAAAGUACAGGUGGACACCAAUCAAAGGAGGAAACAUAGUCCGAACUCCUGGCUUAGCAUUUCCAGACGGUUUCCACAUUCGUCUCUUUGAGAAGCACACAUAAGGGAAGCCUCUAAUGUCAUAUUCCUCCCACAGUAAAGAAUUACAAAGGCAAACAAUUCAACAUGUUUCGCGGAUCAGAGUCGCCAGACUUUUCAGCUGAAAUCAAACUACACUGCCAAAAGAAAUAGUUUCCUACACACACCUGGACACCAUUACAACAGUUUCUUCUCAAACCAAAACCAAGAAGAGAAUUUCUUUCUUUCAUUUUUUUCUUUUUCCCCUUUUUUUUUUUUUGGUUGGUUGGAUUUGCAUACAAAGAAGUUUCCUCCAUUUUGUCUCAAUACCCAAACUUGCAUAGUAACCAAAGGCAUGAAUAAGAUGUAAUCCAGAGAAUGUAACAAAAUCCUGCAUGAGUUUUUAGCUGCAAUGAUCAAUGUAAAUGUUUUGUACAUCAGCAGUUACUUAUAUCCAACAUUUCAAAAUUUUCAUAAGCAAUGCAAGGAGUGAACAAAGACACAACUGCAGUCAAUGUUAUUAUAAUAUGAUGACAAGCAAACAGCUAUGGAUUCUCUUCAAGCAUUUUACUAUUCAGUUGAAGCACAGAUC